GGUAUCCCGCUAAUGACGUCACGUUUACGGAAGGACGUGAAUGUGUGCUUCGUCGUAGUUGUAGGAUCGAAUCAUGUUAAGCAGCCUUCAAAAUGUGACUAAUCGACAACAAAUCAGACACAAUGCUGAAAAUGAGGUAAAAUAACACAAGAAUGACUAGCACAGAGAAGCAGGAGGAGGAGAAGGGUACCUGCAGGAGCCCAGGAAAUGAAAUUGAAGAAGAUGAAUACAGCUUGAGUGUGUUUGACCUGCCUUGGGAGGAUGUUCUCUUCAGAAGUAUACUGUCUUAUCUCCCCCUUACAACACUGUUCCAGUUCAGAAAAGUUUGCAAGAUUGCAAAGGAAAUGGUUGCCAAUUAUUUCUCCCAGACAAAGUACCUAAAUCUGUGUCAGGUUGCAUUUCGUAUGACCUCAAGUGCAUUCCACAUAAUGACAGACAAUAACUUUAGCCUGGAAGUAAUUGUGAUGAGAAAUGCCAAGGACUGGCUGAGUAACGACCUGUUUCUACCUCUAAUACACAACUCACACAGGCUUAUCAAGGGAGACCUCACAAACUGUCAGACCGUCAACAAUGUCUGUUUACAGGCUCUGUCAUCUACCUGUAAGAACCUGCGAGAGUUGUACUUGCGGGACUGCCAUUGGGUCAGUGUUGAAGGCAUCAAAGCAGUCUCCCUCAACUGUAAAAACCUUGAGAAACUUGACUUAACUGGAUGCUGGGAAGUCAAUGACAAUGCUGUAGUUGUCAUAGCAAUCUAUUCCCAAAAGCUGAAGUACCUAUCUGUUGCCAAGAUCUACGGUUUAACAGAUCACGCUAUCAGUUCUUUGGCCAAAUCCAGCAAGUCGUUGGUACACCUUAAUGUCCAGGGAUGUUGGAGACUCUCGGACGACUCUAUUAGAGACCUUGCAGAGUACAGCCGGAGUCUGAAAGUGCUACAAGUGAGGGAAUGUCGUGAUAUCACCGAGGGAAGUUUGGCACGUUUACGUGUGAAGCAAGUCAAACUUGAUGUUAGACCUCCACCUCAUCUCCGGAACUUGAAUGCUUUACACACACUGAAUCAAAGACUUAACGUUCAAAUAUGAAACAGUGUGUUCAGGGAAUAUCAAUCAACAAUUCAAUAAUCUAGUGGUCAAAAAGUAGGGAGAUCCUCGUCCGAAUCACUAGCCUCGGAACACUCCAGGAGGUCAGCAUUGAUCACACGACAUUUCCUCCUUACUGACACCACUGUAUCAGCUGGUGGUGUAAGGGGAGGUGACUCUGAUCCUGUGACAGCAUUUCCUGUUUCAUGUUGAGGAGAACAAGUAACACUGUAUGUUUCUGUAAUGUAAAGAUGUAAAGUUUAUUAUGAUUUAAUUUUAUUAUUUAUUAAUUCUGAAAAAUAUUGAAAUUUCAAAAAGCUCAUCUCAUGAUCUGUAUGAUGGACAGAUGGAUUAUGAUCCCAUCCAUAUCCACAAUGGGGACCAAAAAAUAUAAAUAUUAACACAAAUC